AUGCGGGGCCGGACGGCUAUCUCGCAUGCUCAUCUCGCAUACCCCAAGCUCAGCCAGCGGACCGAGACACACGACAACGAGGUGGCACCUGCAAACGGGUCGGUAGCAAAGCCUCAAACAGAGUCAGCAAAGAGUCAAGAGACUCAAGACGAGCACGAGCACGAGCAAGAGCACGGUCGGCGUUCCCAAAGUCAAGCUCAGGCUCAGGCUCAAGCUCAGACUCAAGCCCUGCCACGCCAACCCUCGACUGUCCACGCUGUCAAAUGUUCACCGUCCAAUCCUAGACGUCACGACCCAGCGCCGCCAUGCCCUCCGAACGCAAAGAAUGCCCUGCUGGCCCAAGUCCCACUAACUGUCUCCCCCUUCGUCACGCUCCCAAAGGCCCCAACACUACCGCACAACUACGCCAGUCUACCUUCCACCCUACCACCCUCCAUCCUCAACACGGACAAUGAUGACCCAAACGCUCCUCCCGCCUACGUAACUUCUGGCACAGGCUUCCGAGCCCAUCCCUCUACAAUCAUCGCCCAGAACAAGGCCCUCCGCGAUCAACUAGACACUGCUGCAUCGGAUGCCAGCAAGCAGAUCCGCGAAUGGCACGAUGCUAUCAACGAGCGCGAAUUGGCCGAGAAGAGAAGAAAGGCCCCUGGUUGGUUGGACAGCGAUGCCAAAAUUCUGAGGCCUGCCACUACAGUACCGCCGCCGGAUACAAAGCCAGACGCCAGUCUGUUGGAUGUUGAUGAUGACAAUGCCGAUGCGCUGCGUCCACAAGAGUCUGGGAAUGAUAUGGGUUCGCAGAUGGAUCGAGCCUUUGGUUGAGCGACUUUUGCUAUUGAGACAUGCGUCUCCUACACAUGGCACCCUUUCUUGCGCAUCCUAGCCUUAUCAGGGCGGAGCCAUUGUGUUCAUCGCCGGAUGAGCAUAGCUUGCUACGGCGUGCUAUGGGCAGCUACUUGGUCGACGGCCAUAGCAUUGUAGCCUCUAGCACCGUUCGCUGGAGACAUCGGGAAUGUAGCGGAGCACUGGAACGUCCACGCAUGCUACAAUACUCUGCACAGUCGAGCCUUUCCCUUGCGCCGUUUCGGACCAAUCGUGCUACAAGGAAAUAUCUGUCGACGUGAGCUACGAAUCCGAGCAGGUGUAAAACCUCGGUCCUUCGUGUACUACGUGUCGGUCAAGCUUCCGCAGAGCCUAUCAAGUAAGAGCAGA